UUCACAAGUCUUGGAAUUUCCUGGAGAUAUCAUGGAAGCUCGGCUCUUCUCUUUCUGGAUUAUUAUCGUCGUUUCCGAGGUGCUGCUCUGCCUUGGUGCCCCCUUUCAGCCAGACCCGUUCCGGGGGAUGGACUCUGAAGUAGACCCAUUUGAGAUGGACUUGAUGGAGAGACUCGGUGUUAAAGACCCUUCAGCCACACCCAGCAUCGACAGAAAAGACAUAGUCAUCCCGGAUCAUAUUUACGCCAAAUAUUCAUCGCUUCUGAAACAUCACCGUAUGAAAAGGAAAACUAUCACACAAGGAGUACGUGAGAACCCUGGUAUCCGCGGUCGAGUUGUCUCCGCUUCUCAGUCUCGUCAUGUCUACACCUUCGACAUGUCAUCCCUGCCGGCAGGUAGCGAGGUAAUGAUGGCUGAACUCCGGAUCUACAAGGAACUACCGAAUCAUUCCAUCCAUAAGCCGAAUGCAACCCAUCGCCACGGAGUAACCGGAGGCCUCACCUCUCUCCAUCAGGUGACUACCAACAACUCGCAAGGAGGUGGCGACAGUCCAAGUACACUAUGCAAAGUUGAUGAAAGAGUAAUCAACUUGGACUCGUUCGGUUGGAAGAAUUUUGACGCCACAGCCCCCGUGACGCAAUGGUUGGAGACACCAUCGACCAACUUGGGUCUGGAACUGCACGUGGACCCAGUGAGAUCCGGGUCUUACGCCAGGAGGGUUGCCGAGCGUGUGCACUUCAGUCCGGAGGAAGAACCAGAUCACGAGGAGAGAGGUGUGCCGAUGCUUAUCGUCUACACAAUCAAAUACGCUCCAAUUGACGACCCCGUAGACUGCUCCACAGACGGCUCAGACUCAGACCGCUGCUGUCGGAUACCCAAACACGUGGACUUCAGGCGUACCUCGUGGACCAACCGUUGGAUUAUAGAACCAGCUGGCUUUGAAUCCUACGACUGCGCCGGACCUUGCCAACGUAGCCAUCAUUCACGCCGAACCUUACGGGAUGUUUUUGGACUGAGACCCGGUAGUUACCAGACAUGUGGUGUGGCUAGAUUCUCAUCUCUACCCAUGAUGUACUUGAUUGAGCGGGGCGGAGUCAGUGAACUUGAAGUAGAGGAAAUACCUAAUAUGAUUGUUGAUGAAUGCGAGUGUACGGCCUAG